AUGGCUGUCUCAUCGAGUAUCUGGAGACGGCGGCUGGUGAGAAUCGCCCAAGCGAUCCUUGCCUUCUUUUGGGUUGCCGUCAUCUACCUGGCGAGCGAGCUCAUUAUCUGGGGCCUGAGUAGAGCACUUGCUCCAGUGAACCUAAGCUUCUUCUCUUCCAUCUUCGGAAUGGCCUUGACCUUCACAGCAAUGGCGAUAGCCUCUAUAUGGGUUCAGAACAUCGGCGACAUCUACAAAGGCCAUAUCAAAGAAAAGAUAGAUUUCAUCAACGCCCAUCUCGGCCUAGGCUUCCCCAUCCCACUGGUUAUGCUCAACCAAAGCGACAUCCUGAAUGCCCAUGACAUUGCUCGAAUAAUUGGGAACUUUGUCAUAACGAACCUCGCGUCGUGGAUGGUUGUGUUCGGAAUGUCACUCCUCAUCAUGAGCUCAACAAACGCAGCAUCUCGAACUUCGCAAGAAUUCUGCGAUCCCCAACCAAUGAUGACGACAGCGCCCCAACUCGAAAUAACCUGGCCUUCUAAUUCAACCCUCGAGCAGUCUAUAAAUGUGAUGAACAGCGGUCGUGAAAAGACCAGACGAGGUUCAACUCCGUAUCAAGAAGUCGAGUCUUCCGCCACCACAACACGGAGGUCUUCAAUCGACCAGUGCAUGAACGACAAUGCCGACGCUUCCCUCGUGUGGAAUUUCUUUACUUCUUACUUCCCCCUUCUGGCCUCCUUCUUCAGCAUCUUCCUCAUCGGAACCCCAAUAGCCGCUGCUACCAAGGAGGACCGUGUGCUUGACGGCUGUGUCCUGUGGUUCGUCUGGGCUGCUAGCGUCCGGCUCCAAAAGAACUUCAAAAUCUCGCUAUUCUUGCUAUCUACUCCAAGGUUAAAGAACGCCUUGGUGACCAUUAUGAACCCCGUGCUCAUGACGACUCUCCUCAUGACGGCCUACACAAGGGGCAAGGCCUCCGCUUACGGCUCUGCGAGCCUCCCAGAAGUCUUGCACAUCUUCAGCAGCGGCACGCCCCUCUACACACUCUGGACAUCUGCUGUAACAUCGAUACCCCUUCCAGCUGGCACGACAGCCUGGUUCGGCGCGGGCGACGCAGCCCUCUCAAUCCUCGAAUGCGGGAUCCUCAUCUGGGGCUUCAAGCUAUACGAGUGCCAGCGCCAACUAUUCAGCUCCGCCGGCCUGUUGACGGUGCUCAUAUCUGUCGCUGCGGCAGCUGGAAACGUGUUUCUGUCGGUGCUGUCCGGGCGGACCUUCGGACUUGCUACACCCGAGGCACUUGCAUUCGCUGCUCGGAGUACGACUCUAGCGCUGGCGAAACCGGCCAUGGCAGCGGUAGGCGGAAACUUGGGCGCGAAUGCCGCGCUGGUCGUGAGUAACGGCAUCUUAGGACAGUUGAUGUAUCCUGUUGCCCUGGACAAGCUGGGCGUGAAGGCGGGGAGGGACAGCAUCUCAUCACAAGACGGGGUGAGCCCGUCAGUAGCUAACACACAGGAUUCGCAUCAACGCCACAUAUCUCACUCGAAAGAAGAGGAAGAUUUCACGAGCGGAGAUGACCCAGUCACCAUUGCGGCCGGAAUCGCAAUUGGAAUCAACGGGGCGGCGAUGGGAGUGUCAUAUUUGUAUGAGACGAGGAGUCGCGCAGCCCCGUACGCCGCCCUGGCCAUGACGGUGUUUGGGAUCAUGACGGUUGUCUUUACGACGGUUGAGCCGUUCAAGGGGGUGCUUACGGGCCUUGCGAGCCGGUGA